AUGAAGCUCGUCAGAUUCCUGAUGAAGCUCAACAACGAGUCGGUGACGAUCGAGCUCAAGAACGGCACCGUCGUCCACGGCACCGUGACCGGUGUCGACAUCCAGAUGAACACGCAUCUCAAGACGGUCAAGAUGACAGUUCGCGGUCGACCCGCCGUGACGCUCGAUACGCUUUCGAUUCGGGGCAACAACAUUCGCUACUGGAUCCUGCCCGACGCGUUGCCAUUGGAUCUGCUGCUGGUGGACGAUGCGCCCAAGCCCAAGGGCAAGAGGAAAGACCCGGCGACGAGGGGUGCGAGAGGAGGAGGGAUGAUGGAUAGGGGCAGAGGGAGAGGGAGGGGUGGUGGAAUGCGUGGUGGCAGAGGUCGUGGUCGUUGA